CGUGCGUACUGUGCUUGAUCUAGCAAUGGGAACCCUGAGAGCUUGGCGUUGUGUCUCUGUGGUCUGGCGGCCGGGGCUGGGGUAUUGCACACGACGGAGGGAUGCAGGCUUCAGCACCGAGGCCCGGCGUCAGCCUCAACCUCGCCGCUCCCGCAAGAGCAAGGACCUAGUCGAGGAUCAGCCCUUCCCUGGGCUGCUGCGAACAGAGAACCUCAGCCUGGAGGAGCUGGCUCACGUGCUGAGGGCAGCUGUGGUGGAUCAGAAAGGGCCUCUGGUGACACUGAACAAGCCACAGGGUCUGCCUGUGACAGGGAGACCAGGAGAGCUGACACUGCUGUCUGUGCUGCCACAGCUGAGCCAGGCCCUGGGGCUCGAACACCAGGAGCUCCAGGUUGUGCGAGCGCCUGGGAAGGAGGCCUCUGGGCUUGUGCUCCUCUCCAGCUGUCCCCAGACAGCAAGCCGCCUGCAGAAGUUCUUUACCCACUCAAGGAGAGCCCAGAGACCCACAGCCACCUACUGUGCCAUCACUGAUGGCGUCCCUGAGCCUUCAGAGGGGACAGUGCACAUGCCUCUGAAGCUGGAGCGGAUGGAUGGCGUCGAUCUUGCAGUCCCAGUGAUGUCCCCAUCUCGAAAGGACAUCCAGGAAGGUGUCAAAAGGACCCUCAGCCGUUUCCAUGUGAUGGCCACGGGCUAUGGCUGUGCCCUGAUCCAGCUGCAGCCGCUCACAGUCUUCCCCAGUCAGCUGCAGGUACACAUGGCUCUACAGCUCUGCCCAAUUCUUGGGGACCACACCUAUGCUGCUCGUGUGGGCACCGUUCUGGGCCAGCGCUUUCUGUGGCCAGCCGAGACCACCAAGCCCCAGAGACAGGUUCUGGAUGAAGCCCUGCUCAGACGCCUCCACCUCAGUCCUUCCCAAGUGGCCCAGAUGCCUUUGCACCUGCACCUGCACCGCCUCCUCCUCCCAGGCGCCACCUCCAGGGACCCCCCUAGUGAACUCCUGGCACCCCUGCCCCCUUACUUCUCUAGGACCCUGCAGCGCCUCCGGCUCUCUCAACAGUAGACUGUGCCUGACCCCCAGUUGGAAAAUAGGAAGGACAGUGUGGUUAGCACUGAGCACAGCCAUGGUCCCUGGGCUCCUUAAUUCCAAGGGAUCAAAUCCCAGAGAGGCCACUUGAUGGCCGUGUGGCAUUGGGCAGGUGACUUCUCUCUGGACUUAAAAUAAUAAAAGUUCUACCUCACGGUCUGGUUUA